AGGGCGGGGCGCCAAGGAGGUGCGGAGGCGAGCGGUUGAGGGUGGGAGUUGGCGCUCCGGACCGGGCUGGGACCGCGGUGCUGCGAUGCGGACGGCGCCGCGGCGGUGACCGUAGUUGCCGCCCGACAUGAACUCGCUGGAGCAGGCGGAAGAUCUAAAGGCUUUCGAGAGGAGACUUACUGAAUAUAUUCAUUGCUUGCAACCUGCAACUGGACGUUGGAGAAUGCUUCUUAUAGUGGUAUCUGUCUGUACAGCUACUGGUGCCUGGAACUGGUUAAUAGAUCCUGAGACACAAAAGGUAUCCUUCUUCACAUCAUUAUGGAACCAUCCAUUUUUCACCAUUAGCUGUAUCACUCUAAUAGGCUUGUUCUUUGCUGGAAUACACAAGAGAGUAGUUGCACCAUCAAUUAUAGCUGCUCGGUGUCGAACGAUAUUAGCAGAGUACAAUAUGUCUUGUGAUGAUACAGGAAAACUGAUUUUGAAACCUAGGCCUCAUGUUCAAUGACAAUCUGCCCUCAUUGUUAUAGGACCUAAAACAGUUUUUCUUCAAAUAAGUGAUAUAGCAAAAAGCCAUAAAGGAUUCCUUUUGCAGUUGGAUAUGUGAAGGCUAUAGCAACAACUGACAAGAAGUGUGCAAUAUUUACCCAGAUGAUCUUGAUGAUGAUGACUCAAGUUAUCAGUGGUUUGGUACCUUUGAUUACCUGUAUUCAGUAUUAGUGUCACUUUAGUACUUCAGCUCCUGCAAAGAUUUUUGCAGAUGAAGUAUGUAUGUUACUAAGUUAAACUUAGAAACAGAACCUCAUUCAGUUUUUAUAAUGUAUUUUUGCAGACUACUGUAAAUAGCAAAUCAAUGCCAAUGUUAAACAAAGAAGAAAAUGUUGUGUGGACUUUGUUCUCCUGCACCAGUAUUUCAGGAACAUCUGUUUGCCAUCCCCACAGCUCUUUAAAACCGGCUAUUAUGUGUGCCUUUCAUUCUUAACUCCUCUUCUAAAAAUGUACUGCAGGAAAAACAUCAGAUUCUGCUUAGACUGAGGAAAACUCAUCUCCAUUAUGUUGUAAGCAAUUAUAGAUGUUUUGAGAAACAAUUUUAGUUGAACGAGAAACUGAACUGCAGCAACUAUUAUGGUUAUAUUUUUCAGUUUAUUUUCAUUUAACACUAAAUAUUCUUUAUAUUUUUUAAGUAUUUUAAGAACACCCCAAAGUAUCCUGAAUGUAGAAGUUUAGUUAUAACUUAUAUAUUGUCUGAGAAUUUGAUAGUCAUUGUUUUAGAUAAUUGGGUUUUGUCCUGUGGUAGACAUACUGUUACACAAGUACUACACAGUGUAACUGAGCGUCCUCCUCUGUCACCAGGACAACAUGGGAGUGUGCCACAAACUAGAGUCUACAAUUCUCACUGUUCAGAGAGUGUUAAUGACAUACUGUGUAUGCAUAACACCCACAUGUACUAUAAUAGCCCUUAAAAUUAAACUAUUGGGAUCGCUGUAAAUAUUUUAAAGUACUGAAGGUGCCUUUUACCUGUUUACCUGUUUAGAAGACUUUGAAAAGGUUUAAAUUAUUACAUGAGCAGUCUUUUAAAUUUCAAUUAACAUAAACCUGAAAUUUCAUAAUAGGACAAAAACUUUUUAACAAGGCUGCUGUUUAACUUAAAUGUGUUCAUUUGGCUUUCAUGUGUAUAAAAUUUUAUUCUUUGAACUGCAGCAAUAAAACCCUCUGCUCCUAAGAAGUUUUAAGAGGGGAUUCUAUAUAUUCUGCUUUGUUUUAUUUUCUGUAAAUUUUGUAGGUAAAUAUGUGUAUAAAAAUAAAUACUUUAUAUAUAACUAGGUAUUAGCCUUUUUCUUUGCUUUAUAAGUCUAUAACUCUGAAAAAAAUUUUAAGCAUGCUGUGUAUCAGAUCCAGGCUAGUUCCAAAUGAGAUAUUUUACUUGAACUCUGUGUAAUGGAGCAAAUGUUAAGUAGCACUUGUAGAUACAGUAGUUUAUUAAGCUGUAAUUACUUUAAAUGUCUUGUUCAUCAUGGUCUACUAACAUUUGGCUCUUAGGAAGUGCAGGUUUUCUCAUAUUGCUCUUUACAGACGUGGAUUGCCAGUUUCCUUCAAGAGUAUAAAGCCGAAAGAGGGAUUUUUAUAGAUCCUUAAUGACGUUUGCUUUGUUUUGUUUUUUGAGUUAUGAACUCUGAAUUCCUUUAAGUAUUUAAUAAAAACCUUGACUCUUGUCCCCUAGAAAAA